AUGAUUUGUUCCAUUAUAGCAAAGGGAGAAAAAGAAAGUGUUGUGAAUGGAAUGGAUGGUUUCGAAAUACAUGAAUGUGAUUUGUUUGAGCAUGAACGUUACACGGUUGAUUGCUUAGAGUUAGAUGAACAACAGGGUAUUCUAGCGGUUGCUCGACAUUCCGAUUUUGGAGAUAAAAAACGUGAUGGUAUGGUAGAAUUUUGGAAUGUAAUCGGCACACCAAUGUUUUAUGUCCGAAGUACAUUUCUUGGAAAUAAAACCGCCGAAUCACUGCUUUGGAAGGGUGAUAUUUUACUUGCAGCACAUCUCGAUGGUUCGAUAACAGGUCAUCGCUUUCACACAUCGAAAUACUUUACGGCUCGACUUAUACCAACUCCGUUGUGGUGUCUGGCUUCGAUAACAGGAAGCGUCUUUUGUGCCGGUUCCGAUUCAGGAGCUGUGUUGAUACUAUCUUUGGAAGAGAAUGAUCGUAUUACUUUGAAUAAGACAGUAUCUAUUGGCUUCGGUACACAUGUUAUGUCACUGGCGUGUAAUACCAAUAUGAUCGCUGCUGGAACAAUGGAUGAAAUCAGUCUUAUAAGUGUACUGAAACAGCGAAUAGAACAUAGAAUGAAAUUACCUCGGAUUGAAAAACAGAAACCAACUAUUGUUUGUGGCAAUCUACUGGCAUCAGGUGAUUCACGAGGAUAUCUGACAUUUUGGAAUGCAUCAAAUGGAGCAUUUUCACAUUGUUUGCAAACACAUCAAAGUGACAUUUUAUCGAUAACUGCGGUAAAUGAAUCACUCUAUGCUGCUGGUGUGGAUCCUACAAUUGCUCGACUUGGUCUUAAUCAGGAACGUACUGCAUAUCGCAUUGAACAUCGGCGAACGAUUCACAGCAAUGAUAUACGAGCUCUGGUUGCAUCGAAACAUAUGAAUGCUCUAUAUUCUGGUGGUGCUGAUUACUACUUUUGCAUCAGCAAUCGCUUUAAACAUACUGAUGCUUUGAAAAAUAUAACUUGUAAUAUCGCGACGGAUGCAAAUCUAUUUUCGUAUCAGUACGAUAAUCGCGUUAUUAUUUGGAAAGUUGGUCAAUCCAGUGCAGUAGCACCGAAGAAAGGAAUUUAUUGUUUGACAAAUGGUCCAGUCAAAUUAGCUCAAUUGCGGUCACAAUAUGGAGAGUUCAUCAGAUCAAGUGCACUUAAUCGUGAAGGCAAUUUGUUAGCAGUUUCUACAAUUUGUACGACAACACUUUACAAACUGGAUGUAAAUUUUUCAAAAGAACCCGCUAUUUCUGUCUUUAAAAGAUUAAAUAUUUGUGGAACAGAAUUGCUAUUUACGUCAAAAUCUUUGUUUAUUGCAUCCGGGUGCCUUAGGAUAUAUAACUUAUCAAUUGAGGAUUCUAUAUCAGAAUAUCCGGAUGUAAUCACCGAAAGAGAUAAUGCCGGUGAGGUAGUUCGAUUACACUCUAAUAUGACUGAAACAUCGCUUGUAUUGCUCACAGCGCGGAAUGAACUUUUUAUUCUGGAAAUCUGCAAAAAGGCGUUGCGAAAGUUGGAAAUUCCCGGUACAAACGUUUUCAUCGAUGCUCAGUUUAUUAAUUUUGCUUCACUCUAUGUUCUCUGUGCUGAUAGAAAGCGUACACUUAUCGAGUAUAAUACAGAUACAAAUAUUCUUAGUGACAAUAUAAUUUCAACAGAAGCAAUAUGCAUGUUACCGGAUGAAUUAGUUUUACAAAUGGAUUGCAAUAGUUCAAAUGGU